AUGCAAGCGCGCUCUACCGAUGAACUCAUUUUCAUGAAUAAAUACUCAAAACCGCUCAAAAAAGCACUCACCUCAGGUCCCUGUGGUCCCUGCUCUCCAACUGGUCCAGGCCGUCCAGCAUCUCCAAGCGGUCCUUGUGGUCCCUCCGAAUUGCCACCAUCCAAUCCAGCCUCUCCACGUGGUCCAGGCGCUCCACGGACUCCCUUGUGUCCAGCAGGUCCAGCAGCCAUUCCUUGUGGUCCUGGUGGUCCUGGUGGACAGAUAAUACAUGGCUCAUUGACAAUUGCACUCUCCAAAAGUGAUCCCUCUUUUCCGUCGGUUCCAUCGUUCCCACGGACUCCGUCUUGUCCAGCGUUACCGUCGUCUCCAGGUGCUCCUGGUGGUCCGGCUGGUCCCUGUUGGCAUGAGCAGCAGCUCCAACAGUCUAAGGCUGUGUUACCGUACCACCUCAGCUACCGUACCCCUACUAACCUUACAAAAAUCGGCCUCAAUAAUCAAAUGGCUUUGGAAUCCGGCGACGUACGAGUACAACAUCGGGAGUAUCACGAUCGCCGCGAUGACAGCCACCGUCGAGACAACGAUGGCAAGGAAGGCCACACGACGGAGCUCCUUGUGCUCCGAUGUCUCCAUCAUCUUGUGGUUUUGGCGGGCUGA